AUGGCCAAGAUUAACACCCAAUACUCCCACCCCAACCCUCCCGGCCCUUGGGUGAGGACCACAGACAGAGAUCUCGAUCACCUGGAAAACGGCCUGAGCAGGACCCGCGCGCCCGGCGAGGAGACAUCCUCAGGACUGCAGCCAGGGAUCGCCAUGGAGACCAGAGGACAGACUGGACCCAGGCAAGGCGUCACCGUCACCAGCCAGGAGCCUGCCAGGCUGUGGCGCCUCAUCGUCUCGCUGCGCAUCUGGGCUUCCAGACACGCACACCACCGGGACCAGCGACCGGACGCUUUCCUGGAGCGUUUCCACAGUGCCGAGCUCAAGGAGGUGUCCAGCCGAGAAAGCAACGCCCAGAACCAGGGCGGCCAGGAGCCAGCAGACAGCGAGAGAAGGGGCCGGGCAGGGCAAGAAAGGAGAAGAGAAAGGGAGGAAGAGAGAAAGGAAAACUGCCUCCAACGAGGGGAAAAGAAGGACCCCGUUGUGGUGGACCCCUCUAGCAACGUGUACUACCGCUGGCUGACCGUCAUCGCCCUGCCGGUCUUCUACAACUGGUGUCUGCUGGUGUGCAGGGCCUGUUUCGACGAGCUGCAAUCAGAGCACCUGGUGCUGUGGCUGGUCCUGGACUACGCGGCGGACGUCCUCUAUGGCCUGGAUGUGCUGGUGCGCGCCCGGACAGGCUUCCUCGAGCAAGGCUUGAUGGUCAGGGACACCAGGAGGCUGUGGCGGCAUUACACGGAGACCUUGCAGUUCAAGCUGGACGUGCUGUGCCUCGUCCCCACAGACCUGGCUUAUUUCAAGCUGGGCGUAAACUGCCCGGAGCUGAGGUUCAACCGCCUGCUGAAGUUCGCCCGGCUCUUUGAAUUCUUUGACCGCACAGAGACGCGGACCAGCUACCCCAAUGUGUUCAGGAUUGGGAACUUGGUUUUGUACAUCCUCGUCAUCAUCCACUGGAACGCCUGCAUCUACUUCGCCAUUUCCAAGUUCAUUGGUUUCGGGACAGAUUCUUGGGUCUACCCAAACAUCUCAAACCCGGAGUACGGGCGCCUCUCCAGGAAGUACAUUUACAGUCUCUACUGGUCCACCUUGACCCUCACCACCAUCGGGGAGACUCCGCCCCCCGUGAAAGACGAGGAGUACCUCUUCGUCGUCGUCGACUUCCUGGUGGGCGUCCUGAUUUUCGCCACCAUCGUGGGCAACGUGGGCUCCAUGAUCUCAAACAUGAACGCCUCCCGGACUGAGUUCCAGGCCAAGAUGGACGCCAUCAAACAGUACAUGCAGCUCCGCAAGGUGACCAAGGACUUGGAGACGCGGGUCCUCCGGUGGUUUGACUACCUGUGGGCCAACCGCAAGACGGUGGAUGAGAGGGAGGUGCUCAAGAGCCUCCCGGACAAGCUGAAGGCCGAGAUCGCCAUCAACGUGCACCUGGACACCCUGAAGAAGGUGCGCAUCUUCCAGGACUGCGAGGCGGGGCUCCUGGUGGAGCUCGUGCUGAAGCUGCGGCCCGCGGUGUUCAGCCCCGGGGACUACAUCUGCAAGAAGGGGGACAUCGGGAGGGAGAUGUACAUCAUCAAGGAGGGCAAGCUGGCGGUGGUGGCCGACGAUGGGCUCACCCAGUUCGUGGUCCUCAGCGACGGGAGUUACUUUGGGGAGAUCAGCAUCUUAAACAUCAAGGGGAGCAAGUCAGGGAACCGCCGGACGGCCAACAUCCGGAGCAUCGGUUACUCGGACCUGUUCUGCCUUUCCAAGGAUGACCUGAUGGAGGCGCUCACCGAAUACCCUGAUGCCAAGAAGGCCCUGGAGGAGAAGGGACGGCAGAUCCUGAUGAAGGACAACCUGAUCGACGAGGACCUGGCCAAGGCCGGGGCAGACCCCGAGGACAUCGAGGAGAAGGUCGAGCACCUGGAGUCCUCCCUGGACACCCUGCAGACCAGGUUUGCGCGGCUCCUGGCCGAGUACAGCGCCCACCAGAUGGCGGUGAAGCAGCGCCUCAGCCAACUGGAAAGCCAGGUGCGGCUCUGUGGGCCCAGCCCUCUGCCUGAGGCGGUCGCGCUGGAACCAGAGACCAAGCAGCAGUGA